GUUCCCGGCGCAUCAAUACCUCUAUUUGUUGGUGUUUACAUCGCCAUUGAAUAGGUCUUGAUCUCUUAGACAAUUGGAAAUUAUGGUCGGCCAACGAAAAGCAGUUGAUCAGCGCAUCCCCGCGCUCAUUCGCAAUGGCAUCCAAGAGAAGAAACGAAGCUUCAUUGUCGUUGUUGGAGAUAGAACGAAGGAUGUCAUCGUACAUCUACACUAUAUUAUGUCCAGUAUGGACAUGAAACAGAACAAAUCAGUCAUGUGGGCAUAUAAAAACAAGCUUCUUGGAUUCACGAGUCAUCGAAAGAAGAGAGAAACUAAAAUUAAGAAGGAAAUCAAACGUGGAAUUAGAGAAGCAAAUACUGAAGAUCCUUUCGAACUUUUCGUGUCGCUGCACAACAUUCGAUAUGUUUACUACAAGGAAACCGAGAAAAUUCUGGGAAACACUUUCGGAAUGUGUAUAUUGCAGGAUUUCGAAGCCAUCACACCAAACCUUCUAGCCAGAACUAUUGAAACAGUUGAAGGUGGAGGGCUUGUGGUUUUAUUGCUGAAAGGCAUGAACAGUUUGAAGCAAUUGUACACAUUGUCUAUGGAUAUCCAUUCUCGAUACCGAACCGAAGCGCAUGACGAUGUCACUGCCAGAUUCAACGAACGAUUCAUUUUGUCCCUUGGAAAAUGCGAGUCCUGCUUAGUAAUUGACGACGAGCUGAAUGUUCUUCCUAUAUCUGGAGGAAAGAACGUGAAAGCUUUACCUCCGCCAGAUCUGGACGAGCCAAAAAGCGAAUCACAGAUAGAAUUGGAUAGUAUGAAAGAAGCCCUGCAAGACACACAACCUGUUGGAUCUCUCGUCACUUUAGCAAAGACUGUGGACCAAGCCAAAGCUCUCCUCACUUUCGUAGACGCUAUCGCUGAAAAAACCUUGAGGAACACUGUCACAUUAACUGCCGGUAGAGGACGUGGAAAGUCUGCAGCUCUUGGUGUGGCUGUGGCAGCAGCCGUCGCGCAUGGAUAUAGUAACAUUUUCAUCACAUCCCCAAGUCCAGAGAAUUUGAAGACCUUGUUCGAAUUUAUCUUCAAAGGUUUCGAUGCUCUUAACUACAUGGAUCACGUCGACUACUCGAUCAUACAAUCUACAAACCCCGAUUUUAACAAAGCAAUUGUUCGAGUUAAUAUUCAUCGUCAACAUCGUCAAACUAUCCAAUAUAUCAGACCACAGGAUGCGCAUGUUCUUGGCCAAGCUGAAUUAUUGGUCAUCGAUGAAGCUGCUGCAAUACCGCUGCCACUCGUGAAGAAGCUUAUGGGCCCUUACUUAGUAUUUAUGGCAUCCACCAUUAACGGAUACGAAGGUACUGGAAGAUCUCUAUCUUUGAAAUUGAUCAAACAACUCCGAGAACAAUCUAGAGGAUCGACAAAUGGAACAGAAGAUGUUGAGGUAGCUGAUCGAUCAAGUGGCAAGGCUGCUGCUAAAGGUGCCGACAAUAGCUUCUCGGGAGGUCGCUCGCUAAGAGAGAUUACCUUGUCUGAGCCUAUUCGUUAUGCACAAGGUGACGCCGUUGAGAAAUGGCUCAAUCAAUUACUCUGCCUUGACGCCACUUUACCUCGCUCGAGAUUAAACACUCUUCAAGGAUGCCCAGAUCCUUCACAAUGUCAACUGCUCAACGUCAAUCGUGAUACCCUCUUUUCCUUCCAUGAUGUUUCCGAAAAGUUCUUGCAGCAAAUGAUUGCUCUUUAUGUCGCGAGUCAUUACAAAAAUACCCCAGAUGACCUUCAAUUGAUGAGCGAUGCUCCAGCUCAUCAAUUAUUUGUCCUUGUUCCACCUAUUGAAGAGAAUAGCAAACACUUACCAGAACCUCUCUGCGUAAUUCAAGUCGCCCUCGAAGGAAAGAUUAGCAAGCAAAGUGUCAUGAACAGCCUGAGUAGAGGUCAGCGAGCAGCUGGUGAUCUCAUUCCCUGGUUGGUCAGUCAACAAUUUCAAGACGAUGAUUUCGCUGGUCUCUCUGGAGCACGUGUAGUCAGAAUAGCAACAAAUCCUGAUUACAUCAAGAUGGGUUAUGGAAGCAAAGCGCUUGAGCUUCUUACUGCUUUCUACGAAGGUAAAUUUACUAACCUUUCAGAAGAUAUGAAUGAUUACGCAGAAGAGACAAUCACUCGUGUCACGGACGAGGAGUUGACAAGUUCAUCUCUUCUUGAGGAUAACAUCAAGGUUAGGGACAUCAGAAAGAUGCCACCCCUUUUCUCAAAAUUGUCCGAAAAGCGACCCGACAACCUAGAUUAUAUUGGUGUGAGUUACGGCCUUACUCAACCUCUGCACAGAUUCUGGAAAAGAGCUUCAUUUGUUCCCCUCUAUCUUCGUCAAACACCAAACGAACUGACAGGAGAGCACACUUGUGUUAUGGUUCGCACCCUGGAGAAUAGUGAAGAUAGGGAAUGGGAGUCUGCGUUCUCUAGAGAUUUCCAUCGCAGAUUCUUGUCCCUUCUUUCAUACCAAUUCCGUGAAUUUCCUUCAGUUUUGGCCUUGAGCAUUGACGAAUCUGCAAACGCUGGUUCAAAAUCUGACUCAGAAGCCGAACCCAAGCCACUUUCAAAAGAAGAAUUAGACAAACUUAUGUCACCCUUUGAUCUCAAACGUCUGGAAUCAUAUGCAAAUAACAUGCUCGAUUAUCACGUCAUUUUGGAUCUCAUUCCAACACUUGCGAACUUAUAUUUCACUGGUCGCUUGAAAUCCAACAUUAAGCUUACUGGCAUUCAAUCAUCGAUAUUACUUGCCGUUGGCUUGCAGAGAAAGGAUCUGACAGCCAUUGAGUCUGAAUUAUCUCUUCCAUCAUCUCAACUCUUAGCCAUGUUCAUCAAGAUCAUGCGUAAGAUGAGUUCACACUUUGGUGACUUGGUUUCCGGUGCUAUUGAAGCUGAGAUGCCAGGGCGGGAAAAUAUCGGUGUCAGUAGAGAAGAUGCAAAUGAAGCUUUGGACGAUGAGGUUGUAGAUGAUAGAUUCGUACCUCUAGAACAAGGACUCGAAGAAGAAUUGGAGGAGGGUGGAGAUGAAGCUAUGAAAGCUUUGAAGGAGAAGCAAAGGGAGCUUAUUGACGCUCUCCCUUUAGACCAAUAUGAAAUCGAAGCAGGAGCACCAGGGUGGGCAGAAGCCGAGAAGCAAGUCAAAAAUGCUGCUAAAUCUGGAAAGAAGGAUAUAGUGGUUGGUGUAAAGAGUGCGAAAUCCAAGAGAAAGGCAGGGGAAUCGGCGGCAGAGAUCUAUGAACAAGAGAUGGGUGAAAAGGCGCAUAAAAAGGCAAAGAAGGGUGGUAAAAGGGGUCACUAGUUUUCUCGUUUCAAAUUGUAUAAUCCAACAUCCUGUAUAUACCUCUGUAUUUAAUGAAAGAAAUGAUAUGGAACACAUCCUAUACA